AUGAAUAACGACGGAGUUGCAUUUUUGCCGAGAGACGGCCGGUGCACGCCGCCUGGAUAUAAGAAGAUUUUGUUUUGCGACCCUGAACAUCCACAAUACGAGAGCGAUGAAAGGUUAGGCCAAGUUUUGUUGUACAAGCUGGUUCCAGCAGACUAUGACGAAACACAAGAGGCGCUUAAUGAGGGGACAUGGGAGCACGAUGACGAUGAAGAUGACGAUGAUGACAAUGUUGGAAUUUGCCAUGGCGAUGAUAUAAACAGCGAGGAAGACGAAGGCAGUUUAGGGAUAGAAUAUGGAGCAUUGUUGCCACCUAAAGAAGAUCAAGCACUUAGCAGCUUAUAUUUUGGUGAUUCCAAUGAAACUAUAUCUUUGACGCUUGGCACGCUCCCUAUAGCAUGUGACUAUGGGCUACACAAUGACGCCACCCUUUUUUUUAGGGGCCCAGAUGCAGAUGGCUUGCGGGAUUCCGGGACCAUGUUAGGGACCUUGCGACAGAGCGGGUCAAGAGAUGGCCGGGUUAUUUGUGAAGGUAGUGGUUACGGAGAAGGCAAUGUGAAUUUCCGAGAAGGCAGUGGCGGGUGUUUUAGUAGUAUUGGAUCCGGGUGCGAUACUCUGGCUACUAGAAUGUCUGCGGCAGAAGCCAACUUCUGGACUUCAGCAUCAGGUCCUGUUGGAGGGGUUCAUGGGAUUGGUAGUGGAAGAAGCAAUGGUCUUUAUGGAUGUGGUGGGGGGUUGUGUAGAGCAUGGGAUUCAGCGGGAGGACGAAGAGAGAAUAGAGCCGCACGAGUGGGUGGGGCUUGGCAACAGGACCAAGAAAGUUUGGGGAAAAUUAAAAGAGAAGUUGCGGCGUAUGAAAGUGAGAAAAAUAGAAGAUCAGAACAAGGAAAAAGACCACGAAGGAUGAAGUUUGCAGAGUAUAUCAAGAAUGGUGGAGGUAGAGGGGGGUUGAUUGGGUGUAACUGCGUGGGAAGCCACGGAGAAUCUUUGCAACAGCAGCAAAUACAGCAACAUCAGCAGAUGAUGAUGGUGGCCAACGGGUCAGCACAACAAAGGUUAAAGCAAUCGCAGCAGCAUUUGGCGGUAUUUUCAUCUUGCGAGUUUACUAAUAGAGCAAAGAUUUACGAAGGAGUUUUAGAGAAGAGUUAUAAGGAGUUGGAAGAAGAGGAGGAAGAGGCAAGUAUAGUGGAAAUAACGUUGGAGGAGAUGCCGCCAGAUAUUCGACGGGUGUUUGAGCCGAUUUUGGAAGAUGAAGAAGGAGAAAAAAGGUAG